CGGUUUAAGGCACUGUUUGAGUUUAGCAAUUAAUAGGGCUUUUCUCUUGGACCAAACCUUGAUUUCCAUUUGAAAUCUUCUUCUUAAUCUAGGUACUAGGGUUUGUCAUUGGCGGCUGCCCCUGUACUUUUCAGUUUUAACCUUUAUAUUUGACUCAUUAUUCGGCAUUUUAGUAACAAAAAUUCAUAGCUUUAAUCAGUCAUUCAAUGUCGGUUUCAAUCUGUGUUUUUUAAUUUCUCUCAGAAGAUGUGAUGUUCGGAGUAAUCUACGCUGUUGCAAUUCUGUAAUACGUUUGGAAAUUGCUUUAAUUUGGAUUAAAUUCAGGAGAAAAUAGAUUCAAGAAAUUCUUUUAGCACCAAAACAGGAUGAGCUUCCCUGAUCCUGCACAACAGCCACCACUUCCUCCCUAUCCACCACAUUUUGCCGGUGGAGAUGUGGACGGGUUUUGGCCUCAACCUUCUAUGAACAAUGAACAUGACGCUAAUUUUCAAUUUGAGCAUCCUCCUUUUAUGAGACCAAGGAAUUUUGAAAGCAACCCACCAGAUUGUGCAACUUUUGCACCAAUGAAAUCCCGGGAUGAAUUCGCUAAAUCCUCGGGGGCUAAAGGAACGAGCCAUAUAUUUUACAAGACCCGUAUCUGUGUAAAAUUCAUGGAAGGCACCUGCAGGAAUGGGGAGCAUUGCACAUUUGCUCAUGGCAUUGAAGAUUUACGCGAACCCCCUCCAAAUUGGCAAGAACUUGUUCGAGAAAAGGAGAGAGGGGUUGGAAAUUUCAAUGAUGAUCAAAGAAUGAUACAUAGGAUGAAAAUUUGCAAGAAGUUUUACAAUGGCGAAGAGUGUCCAUAUGGAGAGAAAUGCAACUUUCUUCAUGAACAGCCCAUGAAAUUUCAAACUGACAUGUCAAGAGAACAUAGGGAGAGUGUUGCAAUAAGUAUUGGAACUACAGGGCCUGCAUUGGGAAGAAGAGGUGAUUAUGAUAAGCAAGAUUAUAAUAAGAACGUCAACGUGAGUUCCAACACUUCCCAAGCAAAUACAGCUUUUUGGAAAACAAAACUAUGUAGCAAAUGGGAGAUCGGCCAAUGCCCCUUUGGAGAAAGAUGUCAUUUCGCUCAUGGCCCAUCAGAUUUGCAGGUACCUGGUGCUCGUGUUGAGACAGAGCUGAUGAUGAAUUCUGGCUCCCAAAUUCCAGCAAAGCCUCUCCCCGUGCCUGUAAUUAAUUCAGCUCCUGCAAGUGCAGUGAUUGGUGCUCCCGUUAACGAAGAUGCAAAAAAUAAGGAGAUAUCGAAAUGGAAACUGAACAGGCAAAUUAAUCGAAUUUAUGCUGAUUGGUGGGAUGAUUUAUCGCCACCGCGCAACUCCCCUAGGAAAGAAGAGAUAUGAAUUUCAGAUUAGCAUCUCUCAGUUAAUGUCUGAAUUGCUAAAGAUUAAAGAUUUGAUCUUUAGACCUCCUUUUUUUUUUUUUUUUUUAGGCUGUUGGUAGUUGUUAAUUUCAACCACAGGUUUCAUAAAUUCUCCUUCAAUUAUUUGAAUUAGUUGAUUGAAUUAUUUGCUGUAGAAAGUUCGAAUAAUGAAACAUCAUUUUGUUCUCAAUAUAAUAUUGCA